AUGCUUAGCGAAUCUCCUAGUGACAAGGAAAAUAUGUUAAAGGAAAUCGAUCCUGGUAAGAAACAGUUUGCAGAAGAUAAUGAGGUGAUUGAGAUUGAAGAUGAUCCGAUGGAAGUGGAUUUGGAUGACGGCGAUGACGAUGACGAUGAAGAAGACGAUGACGAUGACGACGAAGUUGUGAUUGUUGAUAGUCCGACGAGUCUGAAGCAACUGGCAACACACCUUCCUGCGGCAAAUCAGUUCAAGGAGUUAGCCGACCGAUUAAUGAAACCAUUGCCUGAUUAUCCAGUAAAGGAGCAGACAUACAAUGUUUGGGAAAUCAAGGACUGGACUGCGUUAAAAGACGAUAAAAUCAGAGGCCCCAAGUUCACAUGUGGAGGUUUUGAAUGGAACAUCUUGUUGUUCCCCAGAGGUAACAAUAACAACCAAUUGUCGCUCUACAUAGAGCCACAUCCAAUAACCCUUCCGGGGGAAGAGAAAAAGCAAUGGUAUGUAUGUGCCAAGUUCGGGUUGGACUUGUGGAACCCAAACGAUCCAGCAGCACAUUAUUCUAGUGGUUCAUACCAUAGAUUCAACGAAAACGAAACUGAUUGGGGGUUCUCAUCGUUGAUUGAUAUAAGACAAUUAAAGUCCGUGUUGAAGGAUCACAAGCGCCCUAUCUUGGAAAACAACCAGAUCAAUAUUACUGCUUACAUAAAGGUCAUCGACGAUUCAUCAACUGGGGUGUUGUGGAAUACGUUUGCUGAUUAUGAUUCGAAGAAGAGCACCGGGUAUGUGGGUUUGAAUAAUCAGGGAGCUACCUGCUAUUUGAAUUCUUUAUUACAAUCUUAUUUUACAACUAAAAUUUUCCGGAAAUUAGUGUACCAAAUUCCGAUCGACUUGAAUAAGAACUUGAACUCUGUUGCAUUCUCAUUACAGAAAAUAUUUUAUCUUUUACUGAAUUCCAAGGAGCCAGUUGGGACUUUGGAAUUGACGAAAUCGUUUGGUUGGGAUUCUUCUGAUGCAUUUACUCAGCAUGAUGUUCAAGAAUUGAAUCGUAUUUUGAUGGAUAAAUUAGAAACAGCGAUGAAAUCAACCUCUAAGGAGAAUUACCUAAAUGAUAUAUUUGUGGGUAAGAUGAAAUCCUAUAUCAAAUGCUGUAAUGUUCCUUACGAAUCUUCUCGGGUUGAGGACUUCUGGGAUAUUCAAUUAAAUGUUAAAGGUUUCAAGAACUUACUGGAGGCAUUUAAGAAUUAUAUUGAAAUUGAAAUGUUAGAGGGUGAAAAUAAAUACCAGGCGGGUGAUGAACAUGGUUAUCAGGAUGCUAAAAAAGGUGUAGUUUUCGAAUCAUUCCCACCAGUUCUUCAUUUACAAUUGAAAAGAUUCGAAUAUGACUUUAUGGUAGAUGAUCUAGUUAAAAUUGAUGACUUCUACGAGUUUCCCGACUCAAUUGACUUGAAACCGUACCUUGAUGAAGAUUUGCCUACUGAAGUCAAAAAUGAAAACUGGACUUAUAAACUACACGGAGUUUUAGUUCACCAGGGUAGCAUUUCAAAUGGUCAUUAUUAUGCUAUGAUCAAGCCAUACGCAAAGAAGGAUACUUGGUUAAGGUUUGAUGAUGAUAAGGUUUGGAAAGUUACACCUUACCAAGUGUUUCAGGAAAAUUUUGGCGCCAGGGAAUUAUCGCCUCAAGAAUUUGCUAAGCUCUCAAGAGUCGAUCAAAAUGAAAAUUUAAUUAGAAGAGCAACUUCUGCUUACAUGUUGGUCUACUAUCGUGAAUCUGAAUUGGAUAGUAUUUUGCCUGAUGAUGAAGAAUCAAUUAACAAGGUUAUACCCAGUACAAUAUCAAACCAAAUAGAAAAUGAAUUAAAAGAAAUGGAAAGUAUUGAAAAGGCUAAACAAGAAGCGUUAUAUUAUUUGAAUGUUAAGUUUGUCACUCUGCAUAAUUUCAAUAACUUCAAUGGUUUUGAUUUAUAUCCUGAUCCGACUAUUCAAAAGCUAUAUGAUGAAUCGUUGGUGGAUGAAAGUACAGUACCAAUCAGUUUAAAAGUUAAAAAGGAUGAUAGCUUUUUAACCUUAUACAAAUUGAUCGGAUCUCAAUUGGGUUACAUUAAUGAUGAUAAAGAUAUUCAAAUCGAAGACGUUCAAGAUCUACCAUUUAGAUUGAUUUUGAUCAACCAUCGUAAUAAUCACACUAAUAGAACAGAUACGCCUGUUCCUGAUGAUUUAAUGGAUGCCACGAUUAAUUCGAUAUAUUUAAAAUGCUUUAAUAGAAAGUACGAUGAAAUGGUAUUUUACGUGGAGGAAUUAAACAAGGAUUUGAAAAAUAUUAACAAAUUGACUGAAGUUGAAUCAAACCCACCUGAAAACUUUUCGUUUGAUAAAGUCUUCAAAAAUAUCGAUGCAGUUAAGGGAAAGAGUUCCGAUCAAUUUAAAUUUGAUGACAUUUCGGACCAAUCAUCGUAUAAGACGAUUUUCUUGAAAUAUUUUGACCCGAUUUCAAAUGAUAUCAAAGGCUUAACACAUAUUACCGUUGUCAAGGAUGAUACUAUCGACUCAUUGACUAAACCAGUCAAUAAAUUGUUAGGGUUCCCUGAAACAACAGCGUUGAAUUUUUAUGAAGAGUUAUCGCCAUUGAAGAUUGACAGCAUUGAUCCAGCUGUUACUUUUGAAAAGCAAGAAUUAAGCAAUGGGGAUAUAAUAUGUAUUGAAGUCUGUGACGUCGAAAAUAUCCCUAAAGGCGGUAAACAUGCUAACGUUAAAGAAUAUUAUAAAUUUCUUUUUACUAGGCUACAUAUUCAAGUUAAACCUUUCAAAGCUGAUGAAGAAGAAGAAGAUAGUGACUUUGUUGCAGAUGAAAAUAACGAUGAAAACGAUAAAUCUGUGAUUGAUCCAAAUAACAACGAAUUAACGAAGUCAGAUAAACAAAAUACUUCCUUUGACCUUUGGAUUUCAACUCAAUACAGUUACAGUGAAUUAGCCAAGGAAUUAGCCAAUAAGUUAGGCAACCAUAUUGAUCCAGAGUACUUGAGAAUUUUUAUUGUGAAUUAUCAAGGUGUCAGAUAUCCUUUGAAGACUUCCAAUCAUUUAUCGCAGUUCUUCGCAAAACUGGUACCAGUUUCACAAAUAACUACAUUCGAAUAUGAAGUUUUGAAUAUUACGUUAAAGGAAUAUGAGAAUAAGAAGUCCAUUAAGAUAUACUGGUUAAAUAAUAUUAUUCAAAGUCAAUUAUACGAUUUCUUAAUUCCUAAUGAUGGUACUAUAUUCGAUUUAAUGAAUAAGUUAUUAAAUAAGGUCAAUGUGCCAGAAAACCAGUUAAACAAUAUCUUGGUAUGGGCUGGAAAUGAUCAUAAAUAUACUGAAUUGAUUAAAUUUGAAAGAUCUAUUGAUUCGGUUAAUGAUAGCUUUGAAUUAUAUGCUGGAAUAUUUCCAAUUGAAGUCGAAAUAUUAGUUAACUAUGAUAUGAUUAAGAGUUUCAAUGAUAAGCCAAUUGAUAUAGCUGAUAUUGAAGAUGAAGAAACCAAGCAAGAGCUUGUAAUGGCAAGAAAUUUCUCGAAAAAUUUGAAUAUGAUUCCUGUGUUUCAUUUUUAUAAGAACAGUAAUUAUCAUCAUGGUAUACCAUUUGUUUUCCCGGUUUAUCCAAAUGAAAAAUUCGGUGAUACAAAGAAAAGACUUCGUAAGAAAUUGGGCUUAGGGUUGCAGGCAUUUGAAAAGGUUAAGUUCGCUCUAGCUGAUUCCAAUGACAAGGGUUGUUAUAUUGAACAAGGGAACCAUGAUUUAGUAUUAUACGACGAAAUUGGUAAAUACGAGAAUUCUGUUUCCUUGGCUAUAGACCACCCUGAUAGAUCUCCUCGUCGGAUUUCUCAAUUUGACAAAGGUAUUUCAAUUAAGUGA